GCCUUCGGAGUUCACGAGGAGACAGGGCUUGCUCCCGCAAAUUGUAAACAACCUCAGGGGCUCUAAUUAAGCCGCUGGCUGCCUGCGACCUGGAGUGCUGGACAGAGGUAUUCUUUAGGUACUGAGGAACUUCAUAUUAUCAACAUGGGGCAUAAAGUGAUCGUAUUUGACAUUUCUGUCAUAAGAGGAUUAUGGGAAACACGUGUCAGGAAGCAUCAAGAAAGGCAGAAGAAGGAAGCCCAAAGAUUAGAACAAAGUGCUUUGGAAAAGAUAAAAGAAGAAUGGAACUUUGUUCAAGAGUGCCGGAAGAAAGGUAUUCCCCAAUCUCAAUACUGCAAGAAUGGUUUUGUAGACACCAGUGUGAGCCUUUUGGAGAGGCUAGAAAAGAACUCAUUGUUGGCAAAGAAGGAGUCACUUUCCAAGGAAAGAGAAAAAAGAAAAAAUAAAUUCAUUUUUGAACUUUCAGGGCAGCAGUGGAAGGAACUCCCAGAUUCCCUCCAAGAACAGACCUAUCUGAAAGAAUGGCACAUAGAAAAUACCCUCAUUCGGACUAUCCCUACUUAUAUUCAGCUCUUUCAGGAAAUGAGAGUUCUGGAUUUACCAAAAAACCAAAUUACAUAUCUUCCCACCGAAAUUGGUUAUUUGAAGAACCUGAAAGAACUCAAUGUGAGUUUCAACCAUCUGAAGAGUAUUCCUCCAGAAUUAGGAGACUGUGAAAAUCUGGAGAAACUGGAUUUGGCUGGAAAUCUAGAAUUAACGGAGCUCCCAUUUGAACUAAGCAAUUUGAAACAAGUUACAUUUAUAGAUGUGUCAGCAAAUAAGUUUUCCAGUAUUCCCAUAUGCGUUCUCCGGAUGUCGAAUUUACAGUGGUUGGACAUCAGCAACAAUUGCUUAAAUGAUCUUCCACAAGACAUUGACAGGCUGGAAGAACUGCAGACCUUUCUCUUACAUAAAAACAAACUGACCUACUUGCCUCAGGCUUUGCUCAAUUUAACAAAGCUCACCUUGUUAGUAGUGAGUGGGGAAGGUUUGGUGGAGAUACCUACAGCCAUUUGUGACUCAAGCACACACUUAAAAUUUGUAAGCCUUAUGGAUAACCCAAUUGGCAACACCAAAUAUCAAGACAGUGAAGAAAUGACAGGAAGUGAACAAGAUCGUCAGCAUUUUGAAAAGGAGUUUAUGAAAGCCUACAUUGAGGAUCUAAAAGAAAGAGAAUCUGUUCCUAGCUAUACCACAAAGGUAUCAUUUAAUCUUCAACUUUGAUAUCAUUCGGCAGGAA